AUGAAAAAACAGAAAAUAGGCUCUCUCCAAGCUAAGUCAGAUUCUACCUUAAGCAAGCCUUCAAAUUCUCACAAGAAGAACAACUUGAAAGCAUUUGUACAUCCUAAAAGAGGAGACUCCCAGAAAUGGCCGAGCAACGAGAGCCAAGUCAUGUCUGACAAAGAAGAUCAACAAGAUCAAGCUAACAAAACUGAGAUGGCCCUGAAUCCUCAAAAGGAGGAAGCUAAAUCUGGAGAUAUUGUUCCAAUUCCUGAAGAAGGUAUUGAAAGAGCCCUCAACUCUAAGCAUUCAAGCGUUUCUCAUGCUUCAGAGGUGAUUAAUAAUACUAGUAACGAAGUGGUGGUACAACAGCUCGAGAGGUUCAACGCUGGAGAAAUUUGAAGGUUUCUAGUCGGACUAAUGUACAUUGUAAUAUUCAUUUUCGUAUUUGCAACUGAAGAAGAGAUGUAUAAAAACCACGCAGUUACUCUUACUUUGCAAGUGAUUGAGCUGGUGUUUUUGGCGGUCUUUGUAGCAGAAAGACUCAUUGACUUAUUCGUGAAGAAUAAAAAUCCCUUCAGCAUUUAUUACAGUGGAGUAAUGGUACCUGUAAUUUUGGUCCUCGCGGUUUGGACUGUUCUUGAUAUGAUAGAUGAAGAGGAGUUUAGAGAAUUAGGCGCCUAUAGGUUUUGCAGAGUAAUCUUGAUUAUCUUGAAAUUUGAUGAAACUAAGUUUAUUAUCCACUCCCAUUGUGGAAAAUACCUACCUCGGAUUCUUAAUGAUAUACCAGAACUUGGUAAAGGAGAUAAGGAAUUGUAUCCACAAGGGUCAAAAUUUAAGACGGUUCCAACUAUACAUCAGGACUGGGUGAGUAAAUGUAGCAAGGAGGAUCAUUUCUGCAUUAACUCGAGUGUCCUUAAUAUUCAUAAAAGGAGAGACUCUUACCAUAUCAGACAUAAAAUUAAAGACAAAGUUGCAAAAUACGACUUUGAUAAAGAACUUUUGCUUACCAGGAAGACCAAAAAUAUUAUGCAAAAUGUUGGCAAAUUUGAGUUUGACAUGUUUGAACUCAACAAAGCAACAAAUGGCAAUGAAUUAGCUAUAUUAUCUUCAUUCCUUCUUAAUAAACACAACCUAUUCGUUACUUGUGCUAUUGAUCCAUCAGUUUACACCAACUUUAUUCUGGAAGUUCAAAGAAACUAUAAUGAAGUAGCCUAUCAUAACAAGUGACACGGAGCUGAUGUCUGAAGACUUUCAUAUUAUUACGCCACAACUCAUGGACUAAUGGAGAAGGCUAAGCUCAGCGAUCUUGACCUCGCAACCCUCAUUAUCGGCGGAAGUGUGCAUGAUCUAGGACAUCAAGGAGUUAAUAACUCUUUCCUGAUAGAAACUCAGCACUCUUGGGCUCUUAAAUAUAAUGAUGUCUCUGUAUGAGAAAACCAUCAUGUCGCAGCAGCUUUUCAAAUUGUAAAAGAUAAUAAAAAUUGCAAUAUUUUCCAACACAUGAGUAGUGCUGAGUACCGAGAUAUUAGGAAAAAGCUAACCCAAGUGAUUAUUUCAACAGAUAUGGCCUUGCACAACAGCCAUCUCACUAAGAUGAAGGAAAUUUUAGGUGAUGAAUGAUUUGAUAUUGAUUCUCAGAGUAAUAAAACGUUCCUCAUGGAGAUGUGACUACAUGCUUCAGAUUUAUCGAAUCCGACAAAACAAUGGCAUGAGUCUCAAAAGUGGGCCUGACAAGUGUAUGAGGAGUUCUUCUAUCAGGGAGACAUUGAACUUGAGCUUGGAAUUCCUGUCAGCGCAAUGACUGAUAGGAUAAAUACGAAUAUUGCAACAGCUCAGCUAGGCUUUAUUGAUUUUGUGAUUAAGCCAACUUUUGAAAUUUGGUCUCAAUACCUCUCAUCUGUUAAGAUCCAUCUUGAUACUCUUGUUGCAAAUCGCAAAAGAUGGGAAGAAAUGGAGGAUGAAUAUGAAAUUAUUAAAGAAAAAGGAAAUAAACUCUUAAAAAGAUUCAAUGAAUUAGCCCAAGAUGAGCCAUCUAACGGGCAACAAAACUCUAAAUCUCCAAGUCAGGGUAACACUUGCAUCAUCGACGACCUUGUUGAUCAUAACAUCGACGUGAUGGAAAGCAGAGUAUAGAUAAAAAUUUUCUCCCAAACUGAACCAUUUAUG